GCCGCUGCCCUUUUUUUCCUGCCGGGCCGCAAGUCCACUUACCGACCUGUCAACGUAGACCGACCUUGCCUCGAGCUACCUACCUACCUUUCUGCAAAGGUCGAUUCCGGUCUUCCAGCGUCAUAUUCGGGCCUCAACGUCUCCUCACAAAACAGUUAUUCUCUACAUAAUACCUGCUUGUGCAGUACCGCAACCAUGUCAGCGGACGACCAGCAGUUCCUGGACGUCCUGUCCUCGCUGCCCAACCAGAUCCGCCGGUACUCGGACGACCUCGCGAACCUCAUCAACCCGCACGUAGAUAAGGCAGCGCAAGCGGUGCGGGAGACCCUUGCGUCCACAGAAUGGCUGCCCGACUCGGUGCGACCGAAGCCUCCAGUCCGUCAUGUCCCCAUCGAGGUCAUAGCCAUGGGCCGCUUCGAGAGGGUUCACGGCUGGGUGAAGGAGAACAAGGUCCUGACCGGUGUCAUCGUCGCCGUCGUGGGAGUCGUCGCCUACCGAUCCUACCGGAGCAGCAGGUUUUGCAAGAAGACGCGCCGCGCGAAACGGGCUAGGAACGGUGGACGCCUCGAGGUUGUUGUUAUUGCUGGAUCGCCCGCUCUGCCUUUGACGAGGUCACUGUCUCUGGACUUUGAAAGGAGGGGAUUUAUCGUUUACAUCGUCUGUAACGCCCAAGAAGACGAGAGCAUGGUGCACAGCUUGGCCAGACCGGAUAUCCUGCCUCUGACCAUUGACACUACGGAUCCCCCCAGAGCUGGCGCGGCCAUCGACAGCUUCGCCCAGUACCUCCAGUCACCCCACGCCCCGGCACCUCGUACGAGACCCAACCAUCUGCAGCUGAAAUCCGUCAUCCUCAUCCCCUCGCUCAACUACCAGACGUCACCCAUCGCUACCAUCCCGCCUUCCAGCUUUGCAGACCUCUUCAACACCCACCUUCUCCACCCCAUCCUUACCAUCCAGGCAUUCCUGCCGCUCCUGACCACCCGUCUGAGCCCGCCCGGAGAGAAGUGGACACCGCCAAAGGUGCUCGUCUUCACGCCGUCCAUCAUCUCCUCCAUCAACCCCCCCUUCCACGCUCCCGAGGCUACCGUUUCGUCCGCCCUGUCGGCCUUCACCGAAGUCUUGACGGCGGAAUUGCGACCUCUGGGCAUCCCAGUGACCCACAUGCAGCUGGGCACUUUUGACUUCACCGGCUUCCAGCCCGCGAAACACAGCCAUCCUUCGCAAAGAGGCCUUCUCGAAGGCGCUCCCGGCAUCGAUGCCGACGCCACCGAGACUCUCAUGUGGCCCGAAAACGCCCGUCAUGCCUACGGACGCAACUUCGUCAUGCAGAGCACCUCCGCCAUCUCGGCCGGCCGCAUCCGUGGUCUAAAGGGAAGCUCCCUUCGUCAUCUUCACAACGCCGUCUUUGACGUCAUUGACGGCUCCAUCACAAGCGGCACCGUCCGUGUCGGCCUCGGCGCCAGCGUGUACGGUUUCGUUGGCCGAUGGGUGCCGCGCGGUCUAGUCUCGUGGAUGAUGGGCAUUCGUCGCGUCGACGAGUUGUCGGCAUGGCAGACUAGUUCCUACGACGGCUCGCUCGACGGCAGUGAGAGCGGGGAUGGCCAGGACUUCAUUGCGGUGCCAGACGAGAAGCUGGAUAGCAACGUGUGGAAGUCAUCUUAGAAGGCGACACCCCAAGCCAAGGACCUCGGAGGUAAUUUCCCCUGCCGUCUGACAAUGACGGCAUUUAUCAACGAAAAGUCCGAUGAGACUCCCCCCACGACGCGGGAGUGUCUACAACACACGGACGGAGACAGUGGCAGCGGAGGCGGCCGGGUUUCGAACGAUUUGUAGGAUGAUGAGCCAUCCGGUCGUGCCGACGACACCGAGGGCAUGAUGUACCUCGGAGGGGAAGACGCCACUCUGGUCAGUUUGUAAACGGCAUGAUUAGUGCCGUGAAAAGCACAUGAUUGAUGACUCCACUCGAAAGGAAGGGGGUCCGCGACCCGUUGGAAUAGCAUGAUUACGAUAGUAAUGCAGUGCCAUGUCGCGGUUGCGCCAAACCGGUUGCAC